CUGCACACGCCCAUGUUCUUCUUCCUGCUCAACCUGGCCCUCAGCGACCUGGGCUCCAUCUGCACCACUGUCCCCAAAGCCAUGCACAAUUCCCUCUGGGACACCAUGACCAUCUCCUACACAGGAUGUGCUGCUCGGCUCUUUCUUUUGUAUUUCUUCCUGUCAGCAGAGUUUUCCCUCCUGACCAUCAUGUGCUACGACCGCUACGUGUCCAUCUGCAAACCCCUGCACUACGGGACCCUCCUGGGCAGCAGAGCUUGUGCCCACAUGGCAGUAGCUGCCUGGGCCAGUGCCUUUCUCAAUGCUCUCAUGCACAUAGCCAAUACAUUUUCCCUGUCUCUGUGCCAUGGCAAUGUCCUGGGCCAAUUCUUCUGUGAAAUCCCACAGAUCCUCAAACUCUCCUGCUCCAAAUCCUAUCUCAGAGAAGUGGGUCUUAUUGGUGUUAAUGUCUGUUUGUUAUUUAGCUGUUUUGUGUUCAUUGUUUUCUCCUAUGUGCAGAUCUUCAAGGUUGUACUGAGGAUCCCCUCUGAGCAGGGACGGCACAAAGCCUUUUCCACCUGCCUCCCUCACCUGGCUGCGGUCUCUCUGUUCAUCAGCACUGGCAUGCUUGCUCAUCUGAAGCCCUCCUCCAACUCCUCCCCAUCCCUGGAUCUGGCCCUGUCAGUUCUGUACUCAGUGGUGCCUCCAGCCCUUAAUCCCCUCAUCUACAGCCUGAGGAACCAGAAGCUCAAGGCUGCAGCAUGGAGACUGAUGUCCGUACGCUUUCAGGAAUGUUAAAAUCCUGGCGAAUUUCUGCAAAUCACUUGUAAUAAAACUCAUCUUUGACACUUCUUGUUGGCUUCAUUUUGGAGGUUUUUUCCUUUGUUUUACUUUUUUCAUAUUGUCCAGCAAAAAAUGUCAUUUUAUGUACAUUUUUCAUUUUGUUUCUCUCCAACUUCCCUGUGGCCACAGACUGUGUCAAUGAGGAGCUGUGCUCUCAGUGGUUUUAAAGGAAAUAAAGGAU